AAGAUUGCUUACAUCUUUGUUAUCUUGGCGACCGAAAGGGGCGAGAGGCUCUUGCAUUGAUUGUUAAAUUUUAUUUAUAUGUUAUUAAUUGUGACGUAUCAAAAGAGGAAAAGCCAACGAACCUUGACAAAACAGAACCUCAGCCUCUCUUUUUUAUUUCUCUUGGUCUGCUUUUGUAACAUUCAGACUAAUCACCCCAAAUUCUCCUCAUAAACUGCCAAUCGCGCUCACCCUUUUUAUCAUCUUCGCCCAGCCUCUCCUCUGCUGCACUGCUCAUGGAAAAAGAAGACGAAGAAGAAGAAGGGAAGUCGCCGGGGGCCGCCGGAGAAUGGGAGCACAACUGUGGCACGUCGGGGCCGGAGAUCGUGGAGGUGGGAGAAGAUAGCCGGAGACACAGCAUUGGGAGCAGUAGGAGGAGCAGUGGGGAAGCAUUCAAAGAUGUGUACGUAGCAGUGGGGAAGGAGGACAUGGAAGUGGUGAAGUGGGCUCUGGAUCACGCCGGCCCCGGAGCUCGAAUUUUCCUCGUCCAUGUCUUCCCGUCGGUUACCUACAUCCCUACUCCCGUGGGGAAGCUGCUAAGAAGCCAGCUAAACCCAGAGCAGGUGAAUGUUUAUGUGAAUGAGGAGAGCAACCGAAGGAGGAAGCUCUUGCAGAAGUACAUCCGCCUCUGCACCGACGCCAAGGUGACGGUGGACACUCUGCUUCUGGAGAGCACUGACACGGCCAAAUCCAUUCUGGAACUCAUUCCUAUCGUCAACAUCACCAACCUUGUCAUGGGAACCAAACGCCCCCCUUCCACUAGGAGAUUAAUGAAAGGACUGGGAAAAGCAGUAAUUGUCCAGAAAAAUGCACCAGAUUUCUGUGAGGUUACAAUUGUUUUUGAAGGCAACAAGGUUUACAAUGGCCAACAGUCACCAGAGCCACUUCCUUCGUCUCCGGUAUCCAGUCGCAAAAAAUCAGAAACUGCUCAUUCUCCGGAAAGGAAAUUCUUCGAAUGUGUAUGCUUUUCAGGCAAAUUCAAUUAGAAAUUAUGUAAUAUUGUAUAUGUCAAUAGCACGCAAUCGCACAGCUUACAGCAGUUCCACAA